UGCCUUGAUUCAAGGUCCCUCAUUGGUCACAACCAGAAAAUGCACGUUAAUGUGUCGAUUUUUGUUGUGUUAACGCGUAAAAAUAUUACGUGUUAACACGGGCAAACUCUACUUGUUAACACGCAUUUUAAUGUCAUGUUAACGCGACAUUAACGCCUCGUUGUUUGCUCAAAUGGCCUUCCAUAUUCCCGGAUGCGCCUGACGCGAGCUUCUGUCUGUUGUCAUCACUGACGCUGUGCACCGACAACGCUGUGCCAUCCUCAGACAGCGCCACAAAACCUUUUUCGUUGCAGACCCAUCCAACAUCACAGCAACGGCUCGACCAGAGAAAGGGGUGAAUAUGCACAUUCCUGCACGUUGAGCAAAAAGAACCAUCUUUCUCAUCCACUGCGGUGAAGGACACCAACGGAGGGAUCUCAUCUUCUGUAAUGCAAAGCGCACACAUUGCUGUUUUUCUCCUCUUUAAUUCUACAAGUAGCUAAACCGGGAUUUGCAAGAAUGCAAAGAAACGCUGGUACAUAAGAGAGAGUUGGAUCGCCCUGAAUAUAGCCUUGGUGUUUACCGAGGGGGGAAAUACAGGAAAGAAAAAAAAACAGAAAACGGACGCUGAACGGAAUAUCGACCGUGGACACCAUCAGACAUAACCCGGUUUCAUCACUUUCCACGGAUCACGCCUCUCGGUCUUCUCGGCAAGACACGAUCCAAAUGAAGCUGAAGGUUGUUCAUAAAAUAUCUCCGUAGCAACCACAGGACUGCGUUUGAUUUCAAGGCUGCUGGAGGUCAUUCCAGGUGAAAAAUCACAACAAACCGUUACCAGUUGGGAAGCUUGGGGCGAUGCUGCCGGCCGUCGAAGCUGCGAAGAUCUAUCAGACCAACUACGUGCGGAACUCCCGGGCGAUCGGAGUACUGUGGGCGAUAUUCACCAUCCUGUUCGCCAUCGUCAACGUGGUGUGCUUCACCCAGCCGUACUGGAUCGGGGAUGGCGUGGACACGCCGCAGGCCGGCCACUUCGGCCUCUUCCACUACUGCGUCGGAAACGGACAGUCUCGGGAGCUGACGUGCCAGGGGAGCUUCACCGAGUUCAGCGCCAUCCCCUCCGCCGCCUUCAAGGCCGCGUCUUUCUUCAUCGGGAUGGCCAUGAUGCUCGUCAUCACCUGCAUCGGCUGCUUCGCGCUCUUCUUCUUCUGCAGCACGGCCACUGUGUACAAGAUCUGUGGCUGGAUGCAGCUCGCGUCCGGCGUGUGCCUGGUCCUGGGCUGCAUGAUCUUCCCUGACGGCUGGGACUCGGACGAGGUGCGGCGGAUGUGCGGCGAGCGGACGGACAAGUACUCGCUGGGCGCCUGCUCGGUGCGCUGGGCCUACAUCCUGGCCAUCAUGGGCGUGCUGGACGCCCUCAUCCUCUCCUUCCUGGCCUUCGUCCUGGGCAACAGGCAGGACGGCCUGAUGACCGAGCAGCUGCUGGGGGACUGCAAGGACAGUGGAAACGCCUAACUCAUACAGGAUGUUGCGGUCCCCAGUAGGGGGCAGCUGCCCGUGGUUCAGAGGACAGCUGCCCACAGCGGUGGGUGGAGGGGGGGAGAGAGGGAGUCGAGCCGGAGAGGCAAGGAGGACAGGAGAGGAGUGAUGACUUCAUCAGAUGACCGACAGCACCCUCUCAACCAAAUGUAAAGAAAUUAUCUUCCAGAAACUUCUCUGCACAGUCCUUACCUCACACACACGUGCACACACACACAUGCGCACACACAUAGGUGACCUUGUAUAAAAUAAAACCAAACCACCAAAUACGAAAACCACAAGCAUAUUUAUACGUGUACUUCUGAAAACACACUCAUGGUCUAGUCGGUAAAACACAAAAUGUGUAUCCCUUUGUGAAGCCAGUGUCUUGUUUAUACAUUUGUGCCCAUCCCAUAUCGUACCACAGUCGGUCUGGACUGUAGAACAUCAGCCCAAAUGUGGCAGUCGGUGCUGUGAGGGGCAUGUGGGGUGCAGUCCCAUGUCAGGUGGGGUCGAGGGGGGGAAGGACAAAGAUUUUUCUGGCCAGGGCGAGGUACUGAGUCCUGCAUGCGGGGGGCCGAUCGACUGUCCCAGCAUUUGACCCUGCAGCGGCCAAUCGGAUCUAACAGAGGAUGGCAGCGCCCCCUACAGGGUUUACUGUGUACCUGCAGGUCAUGAGCCCGUUUAGCAGGGCAACUGAACUGACAGCCUAGCCUGGGGGUCAAAUUACAGCCAACCAUAGAUAUUAAAUUAGCUCUUCAAUUAUUGAGAAGAAAAAAAGUAUUAUUCUGCUUCUGUAGAUGUCUGUGAUAGUUCUGCAUAUUUUAAGAAUCCACUUUGUAUACACAGACGUAAAAGACGUCUAAUCUGUGCAUUGUCGUGUAAAUAGUUUGUGUAUUUGGCCCAUAUGCACUACUGGCUCACAGUAACAAGCAUCUGAAGAAUCCAGCCAUACAAGACAAUCUAGUGGACCUUUAGUUUACACAAGAUACUACACAACACUUCAAUAAUCUAUCCCACAAUACAUUGCGGUUCACCAUUUAAAGCAGUGACAAUGUUGAUUAGAUAUGUUGAAUGUGUGUUAGUUUUUCGUCUUAAUAGACCUUAAUGUAAACGUGAUGCAGGGUAUUUGUAAAGAUCGAUAUUUACUUGUGCAGUUACUGUAUAUUCGGGCCAAUAUCGUAGUGUUCGAAGUGCUUUUCCCUGGUUCCUACGAGGGGAUCGUUUCAGAUAUCACAGCUCAGACAUCUCCUGCUUCAGAACAUCCUACCUCCUCUACAAACCUCCUGUUCC